UCGAGUAAGAAUAAUAAAACCUUCACUUCCAGCACGUCGACCGCACCACUAAUUAAGAACCUGCGCGCACGAAUAACAAACGCCUCCCACCUUCUCAUCUCCGGCCGGCAAUACCCACCGCUCUCUAUAUAUUCAUUAUCCUCAUCAGAAUUCUCUAAACCAUUCUCACAGAUCCUCAAAGCACCAAGCGCGCGAGCAAGCGCUAGCUUAUAUAUAGCUGGCUAGCGCGAGCUCAAACAGUCAAUAAUGGCUGAUUUCUAUACUAAUUGUGCUCUCCUUCUGCUUCUCUUUCUCGCCUCCACGGCCGCCGGAGCAGUCUUCCAGCCCUCCCCUUGGUCCCUCGCUCACGCCACCUUCUAUGGCGACCAAACUGCUUCAGAAACCAUGGGUGGAGCGUGCGGGUACGGAAACCUAUUUGUGAACGGUUACGGGACGGACACGGCGGCGUUGAGCUUGACGCUGUUUAACAACGGGUAUGCGUGCGGAGAAUGUUACCAGAUUCGGUGCGUCAGCUCGCAGUACUGUUUCCGCGGCUCCCCAUUCGCGACCGUCACGGCCACCAAUCUCUGCCCUCCUAACUGGGCCAAGGACUCCAACAAUGGAGGAUGGUGCAAUCCUCCGAGAACUCACUUCGACAUGUCGAAGCCGGCCUUCAUGAAGAUCGCCAACUGGAAGGCGGGCAUCGUCCCGGUCAUGUACCGCCGGGUGCCCUGCGUGAAGCAAGGAGGGCUCAGAUUUCAGUUCCAGGGGAACGGGUACUGGCUUCUGGUUUACGUGAUGAAUGUGGGAGGAGGAGGAGAUAUAAGCGGGAUGGCGGUGAAGGGCAGCAAGACGGGGUGGAUCGCCAUGAGCCACAACUGGGGAGCUUCGUACCAAGCCUUCUCCAGUUUGGGAGGCCAGGCACUGUCGUUUAGAGUCACUUCGUACACCACCAAGCAGACCGUCGUCGCCUAUGAUGUUGCUCCUUCUAACUGGAACGUCGGCCUCAGCUACCAAGCAACUGUUAACUUCUCAUGAGCAAUUGUAGCAGUUGCUUGAAUGAAAAAUGGAAUUUUUUUUUCUCUUUCUUUCUUCUUUUCUUUCAUUAUUGGGUGUGUAUUUAAUGUUCUUGCUUGCUAU